CCUGAUCGUGAUUCCGUUGUCCUCAAAAUGACUCUAAAUUGCUCGGCACGAAGACAGGCUCUUAUAACAUUACGGACUAAGACAAAAGGCACGCAUGGGUGCUUCAGAUCAUUAUCAAGUCCCGCAAAAUGCAAUCAGAAUCUGCCCACAGGAAGUCCUAAUGGCAAACGAAAGGAGCGGGUCGUGAUACUGGGCUCGGGUUGGGCGGGCUACGCCGUUGCCAGGACGUUAGAUCCAGCCAAAUUCGACCGCGUUGUCGUUUCCCCCAGGUCGCACUUUGUCUUUACUCCCCUGCUGGCCUCCACUGCCGUUGGCACUCUAGAGUUCCGCGCCGUGGCCGAGCCCGUCCGCCGCAUCCGCCAGGUGAAAUUCCAUCAGGGCUGGGCAGACGACGUCGACUUCACGCGCAAGGUCGUCCGGGUUGAGGCCAGCAUCGACGACGAUGCCGCCUCCCACACCACAAUCCCUGUGCCAGAGCCGGCCACAAUACCCGGUCGGGCCGUAAUUCCCACCACCCCGCACAAGGGGCCUAUGAUCGACGUGCCGUACGACAAGCUGGUGAUCGCAGUGGGCGCCUACUCGCAGACAUUCAAAAUUGACGGCGUGCGCGAGCAUGCUCACUUUCUCCGCGACGUUGGCGACGCAAAGCGCAUUCGCCUUCGCAUCCUCGCCCUAUUCGAGCACUGUGCCAGCAACCCGACCGUAUCCGACGAGCAGAAGCGCGAGCUGCUCCACUUUGCUGUGGUAGGCGGCGGGCCGACGGGCAUCGAAUUUGCGGCCGAGCUGCAUGACCUCGUUUAUGAGGAUCUGAUCAAGGUAUACCCGGAUCUUGUCCAGCUGGUACGCAUUACCGUCUACGACAUCGCCCCGGCGGUCCUCCCCAUGUUCGACAAGGAGCUGGCCAGCUACGCCAUGGAGCUUUUUGACCGCAAGGGUAUCGAGAUACGUACGGAGCACCAUUUGCAGGCCAUACGCGCGGAGGGGGAGGUUUUGAAACUCAAGAUCAAAGAGCACGGAGACCAGGAAGUCGGCGCAGGAAUGGUCGUCUGGAGCACUGGAUUGAUGCAGCAUCCGCUGGUCAAGAAGCUCGUCGACAACCAAGUCCCUGACCGAGAUUCAAACUCAAACCCGUCUUGGCGCCUCAAAAGUGACGCCAAAACUGGCGGCAUUGUGACUGACGGCCAUAUGCGCGCACAACUUGUCGACAAUGCAUCAGGGGGGAGAUCAACCAGUAUGGACGACGUUUUCGUCAUUGGCGAUUGUGCUUUUUGCGAAGCUGAUCAGUCACUGCCAAAGACAGGACAGGUCGCAUCGCAACAGGCCGUAUACCUAUCCAAGGCCCUGAACAGCGGGGACGUCGCCGGCAGUAAACCGUUUUCAUUCCGAAAUUGGGGCACUAUGGCCUAUCUUGGGGGUUGGCGCGCGAUUCACCAAAGCAGCGCCGACGAACUAAAAGGACGUGCCGCCUGGGUUUUGUGGCGGACGGCAUACUUGACAAAAAGCCUGAGCGUGCGCAAUAAGAUUGUUGUGCCAUUCUUCUGGUUUAUAUCAUGGCUCUUUGGGAGAGACAUAUCUCGUUUUUAG